CGGCGGCAUCCGUCGAUCACACCCUCCUUGAGAAGCGCUUCGCCCCGCAUGAGAGUCGGCCGCACGCACCGCUGCGCAGCCAUGUCCAAAGCCAGGAACCUGAAGGCCUUUCUGGAAUCGUCCUUGAACGAGAUUUUCAAGGCGACGGUGAGCGACAUCCUCGAGUCCGUGGAGGAGACCUUGUCCGAGUACCAGGGCAGGAUACAGCGCGUGGAGACCGAGAACGAGGAGCUCCGGCGGCGAUUGCAGCGGCACGAUGUCCGGGACGGUCCGACCCGAGCGGAAACCGAGGAAAAGGGGGGCGUCGAGCUUUCCGAUGAGAAUGCCGGCUUUAAGACGUCCUGCGCCGAAUCUCCCCGAAGGCAGUUUGUACGCUCAGGCCCGAGCGGGGGCAAGCGGACUGGUGCGGAACAACCCGUGUACCAAGAGAGGAAGGUCGAGGGCUCGGUUCCGAGGGCCGAACGGGGUCACAAGCAGGGAGGGCAACGUUAUCAGAGAAUUUUCGCAGAUGCCAGCGUGUCGACUGUCGCCGGCGGAUGCGUGAAGGACGACCCCGACGUCGAAAACAGCUGUGCCGCACGGCCCACCAAAUCGUUGUCUCCGCUCAACUUGGUGUCCAAGCCAAUUAAAACGGAGAGUAAUGACCCGAGCUACUUAAAGCCGGAAGAGCACUUCUCCAGCACCCAGUACCCCCAUCCUCUCGACGUGGACUCCAGAGACAGCGACUCGGACGUCAGGGUAACUAUCGUGUCCGACAGUCACAUCGAGUCGAGCGAAGACGAGGAUGAUCGUUUAGGAGAGUCCGACCCAGAAGAAGACUUGGAUGGGAGGAUGAGCGAGCUGGGCAAUGACGACACGACGGAAGGCUUCUCCGGACUGGAGUCCGAGUUCGCGGACGAUAGUUUUCUUCAGGAGUACCCUGACAUGGGCGCGAGCGCAGCUGCUCUGAGUGGACACGGCAUGCCGGGCGACCAGCCAGAUCUGUGUAACGCCAGCCCCCCUCACACCUCCGUGUCCGCCGUGAACUUUGGCACGUUGGAGCCGAGCCAGAGCCCGCAGGGCUUUUUCCACUGCACCCUCUGCGAUAAGACCUUCACCAGGCUGGGCUCUCUUAACAUGCACCUGAGAACUCACAGCGGCGAGAAGUCCCACUGCUGCAGCUACUGCGGGAAGCGCUUCGGCCGCGCGGAUCUCCUCAAAGCGCACAAGCGCAUUCACACGGGCGAGAAACCGUACAGCUGCAAUUUGUGCACGAAGAGCUACGGACACCGCGGCCAGCUUAGAAUACACAAGAGGGUCCACACCGGAGAGAGACCGUACUGCUGCCCUCACUGCUUCAAGCGAUUUAGCGAGCACAAUCAGCUCAAAGUGCAUCUCCGAACGCACACGGGCGAGAGGCCGUACAGCUGCAGCGUUUGCGAGAAGACCUUCACCAACGCGGGGAACUUAAGGAUCCAUCAGCGAAUUCACACCGGGGAGAAGCCGUACGGCUGCGCCCAGUGUGGGAAGCGGUUUAAUGGGAUGGGGGACCUGAAAACGCAUUACAGAGUUCACACAGGAGAGAGACCCUAUCAUUGUGACCUGUGCAAUAAGACUUUUAGUCAGGCCGGACACCUCACGAUACAUAAACGAAUGCAUACUGGAGAGAAACCGUACACUUGCACCGAGUGCGGGAAAAAGUUCAGCGUGGCCAGCAGCUUGAAGCUGCAUCUAAGAACCCACACGGGAGAGAGACUCUAUAGUUGCUCUUUCUGCGGGAAGAGCUUCAGCCGUUCUGGACAUCUUAAAAGACACGAGCAGGUUCAUACGAAGGAGAAACUGUUCUCCUGCACCCACUGUGGGAAGAGUUACAGCGACCAGUCCACUCUUAAAAAGCACGUGAAAGUGCACACGGGCGACGAGGUCCUCACUCAGAGCGAGGAGAGCUUCAGCGGUCCCGAAGCCGCUGAAGCCACCGAAGCCACCGAGAAUCCGGAACGGAAGCAGACGGAAUAAUGAAUAGCGUGACGCUCGUAUUCCAUUUUUAGUGCAUCAGAAUUGUUCAUUUUGCUGCGUACAGUUUAAUAUAAAUCAGAACGAUUUAGUUCACCGUUGAAUUAGUGUUUGUGCCCUAACUGGUUCAGUUGUGUAAGUAGGUAUGUGCCAGGUCUCAUGGAUGUGUUUAGAUCAAUUUUAAAAAUUCUGCAGCUUCUAACACUGUAAAUGUACUGUAGUUAGGUAAUGCCAGUUAUCUGAUCACGCAAUACUGCAGUGCUGGAGUAAAAACGUAGUACAAGGGACUUCUGAGGGAUCAAUGUGACGGCCUAAUCCAAUCGAUACGUUAAAUGCUAAAUAUGCAAAAGCUUCUUUCGGUCAUUGGGUUUGCAUCAUCAAUUCUGAGAGUUUCUGCCCCAAGCAGUCGACUUUGUCUUGCAGCUAAACUGUGUAAUGAAAUUUCGGUAUAUUUCUCGUGUGCAGAAAUACUUGUGUGUGCGCAGAAUGUUCCGCCAUGGUUUCGUGGCAGUAUAAUAAGAUACAUGUACAUGUGCGUGAAUAACAGCAGGCUAGACUAGUGGUGCUGUCUGUACUGAUGUGAUAGAAAAUUCCAGGAAAGCCACACCAAUGACGACUUCUGGUCUUUUAUUAGGGCUGCACGUAGAAAUUUGUGAUUGGCGUGUGAAAGCCGGACAUGCGUUUGUAUCGUUAAAAAAUAAAAUCGAUUUUUAAAUA